AUUUUUGUUACAUUUGUUUCAUUUGAUUGGAAAUGACUGAGAAAUAUUGACUCAAAAACGAAUAUUUUUGAUGUCCAUACUUUUUUAUUGAACCAGAAACACACAUCCAUGAAUUUGACGUUUCACUUAAUUCAAAAAUGAGAAACGUGUUACUCCUUCGACUGUUGCGAUGACAUUUCAACGCAUACAAAACGUUUUCAAACAUUUUCACGAAGUGAUAAAUAGCCAUGUCUUGUGAAACCUGCGAGUGAUUUCGAUUAAUUUUUGCGUGAAUAUUUUGUUUUAUUAGAUGAUUGCGAACAUAGUGUGUUGAAUUAAUUUUGUACAAAGAAAAAUUUAAAUAUAGCACUGGUUCAUAAAAAUUACGCAUCGCUACGGACUAAAUCGCAACGAAGCAAACUAAUCCAAGUCUUUUUACCAAUGAUCAUUUGGUCACGUACAAGUUCAUCGAUGUUGGAUUUAUAAUUCAUGAGCAACCAAGUCUAUCUCUUAGUUGCUGCGUGCGAAAAUGAUAAAAGGAGAGAAGAACUAGUUUAUUAUCAAAAAUGAAAGUGAGGCGAAUAUGCAUUGUGCAUUGGUUUUGGUUUGAGUAGAAAGGGGCACCUGUAGCAUUGACUCCGUCACAUUAUUCAUGGUUUGUCGCUCUUCGGGCACACAGACAUUUGCACGCAUACACACGCCGUUCAUCAUACGGCGAGUCGAUAUUAUAUCAUUUUAUUUCGCUUGAACAUAAAAGCGCAGAAAACCAAUGUUAUGAGUCUUUGCGUUUUCAUAACAUCACAUAACCGGGCAUAUGGUGACCGCAAAAAAAAGAGGGAGAAAAAAGCAACAUUCAUAGUACCACCAAUUCAUUGAGAUCCAGUUGCAAAUUGGUAAUCGUUUCAAACAGUAGAAGAAAUAGCACUUAGUUCAAAUAAAAUGUACAAUAAAAUGAAUUUGUGUCUAGUGUUGCAUGUGAUAAUUGGAGCUUCAAUUGUUAUUGCCCGACCAGUCGAUGUAAACAAUGACGAUCGACCGUUGAUAAACUACAUUUCACCACACGAGUUAGAAGACCUGCCGAUUGUAGAAAAGGAGCGAACAGGAGUUCUGGAAGUAGAAGGCAUCCCAUCGAAAGGCCUAUCGAUUUAUGACCAAAGUCAACAAAAGUUUGCUCAACUUUUGAAUAAAAAUGCCGAGCCAAUCGUUGAUACGAUUCAAGAGGAGGAGAAGUAUGGAAAUGAUGGUGAGCGUCCCUUUGAUCGUGCUAUUGUAAAUACAUUGGAAAAAGUUUCUAUUUUCGUUAACAACGCAAUUGAGACACCAAAAAAUAUCGCACGAAGCAUUGCGUCGUCAAUUACGUCGGUAUUAGAUCAAGUGGGAGCCAAAAUAGUCGGUUUAUAAAUACUAUGCUUCAAGUAGUACAUAAGUGAUUGUUAUUUGUAAAUAAAUGUGGUUCAAUGGA